GAGCAGGAGGCGAGCCCCGCGCCCCGCGCCCCGCGCCCGCGCCCGCGCCCGGGCAUGGCCCCCGCGCCCGGGCCCCGUCACCUGCUCGGCUGCGCGCUGCUGCUCGCGGCUCUGCCCGCCGCGCUCCCGGAUCCCAGCGUCUUCCUCAUCUUCAGCCAUGGGCUGCAGGGCUGCCUGGAGGCCCAGGGCGGCCAGGUCAGAGUGUCCCCGGCCUGCAAUGCCAGUCUGCCCGGCCAGCGCUGGAAGUGGGUCUCCCGGAACCGGCUCUUUAACCUGGGCACCAUGCAGUGCCUGGGCACGGGCUGGCCGGGCACCAACACCACGGGCAGCCCUGGCAUGUACGAGUGUGACCGCGAGGCCAUGACCCUCCGCUGGCACUGUCGCACGCUGGGGGACCAGCUCUCCCUGCUGCUGGGGGGCCGCGCCGGCAACACGUCCAGGGCUGGGGCCCCAGAGCGCGGUGACCAGACCCGAGGUGGGCAGUGGCGCAUCUACGGCAGCGAGGAGGACCUGUGUGCUCGGCCCUACUAUGAGAUCUACACCAUCCAGGGCAACUCGCACGGGAAGCCGUGCACCAUCCCCUUCAAGUACGACAACCAGUGGUUCCACGGCUGCACCAGCACGGGCCGCGAGGACGGGCACCUGUGGUGUGCCACCACGCAGGACUACGGCAAGGACGAGCGCUGGGGCUUCUGCCCCGUCAAGAGCAACGACUGCGAGACCUUCUGGGACAAGGACCAGCUGACCGACAGCUGCUACCAGUUCAACUUCCAGUCGACGCUGUCGUGGCGGGAGGCGUGGGCCAGCUGCGAGCAGCAGGGCGCCGACCUGCUGAGCAUCACCGAGAUCCACGAGCAGACCUACAUCAACGGGCUGCUCACGGGCUACAGCUCCACCCUCUGGAUGGGCCUGAACGACCUGGGCACCAGUGGGGCCUGGCAGUGGUCGGACAAUUCGCCCCUCAAGUUCCUCAACUGGGAAAGCGAUCAGCCCGACAACCCGAGCGAGGAGAACUGCGGGGUGAUCCGCACCGAGUCAUCGGGGGGCUGGCAGAACCGCGACUGCAGCAUCGCGCUGCCCUACAUCUGCAAGAAGAAGCCCAACGCCACGGCCGAGCCCAUCCCGCCCGAUGUGUGGGCCAACGUGAAGGUGGCGUGCGAGCCCGGCUGGCAGCCCUUCCAGGGCCACUGCUACCGCCUGCAGGCCGAGAAGCGCAGCUGGCAGGACUCCAAGAGGGCGUGUCUACGCGCCGGCGGCGACCUGCUCAGCGUCCACAGCCUGACCGAGCUGGAGUUCGUCAGCAAGCGCGUGAAGCAGGAGGUGGAGGAGCUCUGGAUCGGCCUCAACGAUCUGAAACAGCAGAUGAACUUUGAGUGGUCGGACGGGAGCUUCGUGAGCUUCACCCACUGGCACCCCUUUGAGCCCAACAACUUCCGGGACAGCCUGGAGGACUGUGUCACCAUCUGGGGGCCGGAGGGUCGCUGGAAUGACAGUCCCUGUAACCAGUCCUUGCCGUCCAUCUGCAAGAAGGCUGGACAGCUGAGCCAGGGGGCCGCCGAGGAGGACCACGGCUGCCGGGAGGGCUGGACGUGGCACAGCCCAUCCUGCUACUGGCUGGGAGAGGACCAAGUGACGUACGGCGAGGCCCGGCGGCUGUGCACGGACCACGGCUCGCAGCUGGUCAGCAUCACCAACAGGUUCGAGCAGGCCUUCGUCAGCAGCCUGGUCUACAGCUGGGACGGACAGUUCUUCUGGACGGCGCUGCAGGAUCUCAACGGCACGGGCGCCUUCCGCUGGCUCAGCGGCGACGAGGUCACGUACACCCACUGGAACCGGGACCAGCCGGGCUACAGCCGCGGGGGCUGUGUGGCCCUGGCCACCGGCAGCGCCAUGGGAUUGUGGGAGGUGAAGAACUGCACGACCUUCCGGGCCCGCUACAUCUGCCGCCAGAGCCUGGGCACGCCGGUGACGCCCGAGCUGCCCGGGCCAGACCCCACACCCAGCCUCACCGGCUCCUGCCCGCAGGACUGGGCUUCGGACCCCAAGCUCCGGCACUGCUACAAGGUGUUUAGCUCUGAGCGGCUGCAGGACAAGAAGAGCUGGGUCCAGGCCCAGGGCGCCUGCCAGGAACUGGGCGCCCAGCUGCUGAGCCUGGCCAGCUACGAGGAGGAGCACUUCGUGGCCAACACGCUCAAUAAGAUCUUUGGCGAAUCCGAGCCGGAAAUCCACGAGCAGCACUGGUUCUGGAUCGGCCUGAACCGGCGAGACCCUGGAGUGGGACAGAGCUGGCACUGGAGUGACGGCCUGGGGUUUUCUUACCACAAUUUCGACCGGAGCCGGCAUGACGACGAUGACAUCCGGGGCUGUGCGGUGCUGGACCUGGCCUCCCUGCAGUGGGUGGCCAUGCAGUGUGACACGCAGCUGGACUGGAUCUGCAAGAUCCCCCGAGGUGCAGACGUGCAGGAGCCCGACGACGGCAGCCCACAAGGCCGACUGGAAUGGCUGCGUUUCCAGGACGUGGAAUACAAGUUCUUCGAGCACCACUCUACGUGGGUGCAGGCCCAGCGCAUCUGCACAUGGUUUCAGGCCGAGCUGGCCUCCGUGCACAGCCAGGCGGAGCUGGACUUCCUGGGCCACAACCUACAGAAGUUCUCCCGGGGCCAGGAGCAGCACUGGUGGAUCGGCCUGCACACCUCGGAGACCGACGGGCGCUUCCGGUGGACAGAUGAUUCCAUUGUAAACUUCGUCUCCUGGGCGCCCGGCAAACCGCGGCCCCUCGGCAAGGACAAGAAGUGUGUGUACAUGACGGCCAGCCGAGAGGACUGGGGCGACCAGCGGUGUCUGACCGCCCUGCCCUACAUCUGCAAGCGCAGCAACAAUUCCAGAGAGAUGCUGCCCCCGGACCUGCCUCCCACAGCUUCGGGGGGCUGCCCCCCCGGCUGGGACAAGUUCCUUAAUAAGUGUCUGCGAAUCCAGGGCCAGGACCCCCAGGACCGAGUGAAGUGGUCCGAGGCCCAGUUCUCCUGUGAGCAGCAGGAGGCCCAGCUGGUCACCAUCAGCAACCACAUAGAGCAAGCCUUCAUCACCACCAGACUGCCCAAUGUGACCUUUGACCUCUGGAUCGGUCUCCACGCCUCUCAGAGGGACUUCCAGUGGGUGGGGCAGGAGCCAGUGCUCUAUGCCAACUGGGCACCCCUGGAGCCCUCGGGCCCCAGCCCUGCACCCAGCGGCAACAUCCCGACCAGCUGUGCAGUGAUCCUGCACAGCCCCUCGGGCCACCUCACCGGCCGCUGGGACGCGCGCAGCUGCAUGGAGGAGAAGCACGGCUUCAUCUGCCAGAAGGACACAGACCCCUCUCUGAGUGCCACCCCGGCCGCCGCCGAGGCCCCAGCCCCGGGCGUGGAGCUCUCCUACCUCAACGGCACCUUCCGGCUGCUGCAGAAGCCGCUGCGCUGGCGGGAUGCCCUCCUGCUGUGUGAGAGCCACAACUCCAGCCUGGCCCGCGUGCCCGACCCCUACACCCAGGCCUUCCUCACGCAGGCCGCCCGGGGGCUGCGCACCCCGCUCUGGAUCGGGCUGGCCAGCGAGGAGGGCUCCCGGCGGUACUCCUGGGUGUCGGAGGAGCCCCUGGGCUACGUGAACUGGCAGGACCGCGAGCCCCAGCACCCGGGGGGCUGCGCCUACAUGGACGUGGACGGGGCCUGGCGCACCACUAGCUGUGACACCAAGUUGCAGGGGGCUGUGUGUGGAGUUAACAGUGGGCCCCCUCCGACGCGGAGUGUGAACUACCACGGCAGCUGUCCCCAGAGCCUGGAGGACUCGGCGUGGAUCCCCUUUCGGGAGCACUGUUACUCCUUCCACCUGGAGCUGCUCCUGGGCCACAAGGAGGCGCUGCAGCGCUGCGAGAGAGCGGGCGGCGCGGUCCUGUCCAUCCGGGAUGAGAUGGAGAACGUGUUUGUCUGGGAGCAUCUGCAGAGCUCCGCGAGCCCGAGUCGGGGGGCCUGGCUGGGCAUGAACUUCAACCCCAAAGGAGGCACACUGGUGUGGCAGGACAACAGCGCCGUCAACUACUCCAACUGGGGGCCCCCCGGCCUGGGCCCCAGCAUGCUGAGUCACAACAGCUGCUACUGGAUCCAGAGCAGCAGCGGGCUGUGGCGACCUGGCGCCUGCAGCAACGUCACCAUGGGGGUGGUGUGCAAACUGCCCCGAGCCCUGGAGAGCAGCUUCUCCCCUUCAGCCGCACUCCCUGAGAACCCGGCGGCCCUGGCGGUGGUGCUGAUGUCCGUGCUGCUGCUUCUGGCCCUGCUGAGCGCCGCCCUGGUCCUCUACCGCCGGCGAAGGGGCGCGGACCCCGGGGCCUUCGAGGGCGCCCGCUACAGCCGCAGCUCUGCCGGCCCUGGCGAGGCCACCGAGAAGAACAUCCUGGUGUCCGACAUGGAAAUGAACGAGCAGCAGGAGUAGAGCCCAGGGUGGGACAUGGGGCCGGGCUGUCCCCACCCACCCACCACCAGUGCAGCGGCCUGAGGAGGGGCGCCCUGGGGAGGCGCAGGUGGGCCCGGCCCCGGUGGGCCGGCCGAGACCUGGCUGAGUGAGUGCAGCGAGGCGUUUCCUGUUUGGGGCUGCCAAGGUCUUGCCACCGGGGCCUGUGCCCUCCACGGGAACCAGAGGCAGGACCGGAGCCCCUGCUGUCUCCCUGCCUGCUGACCUGCGCCCCAGGACCCCUUUCUCAGUACCUAGCUUCAGGGGCCUCCCCGAAACCCCCAGCCAGCCUGUCGCUUCUCCUCCGAAGCCCUCCUUCUGAGCCGGGGUCCUGGGCUCGGGUGGGGGGGAUGGAAUCAGCCACUCCCAUGUCUGUGGGGGGUGGCAGAAGAAUCCUGGGCUCAGGCUGAGAACCAGCCACCCCCAGGCUCUCCACAGAGGUGGAGACAGGACUGGGGGGCACCCCAACCUUCGAGGGGUGCCGAAAUGGACAGGGGUGUCAUCUCCUGCCAGCUUGGGGGAGGCUCUGUCCCUGGAGAGUCCCCUGUGGGGACCCGAGUUAAGGUCUUUAAAGAUUUGUUACGGGCCCCGGAGGGGGCUUCUCAUGCGGGGGGUCUCAGGAGGAGAAAACGGGGGGAGCUCAGAGGAGACCCACCCUCGAGCCGGGCCCUGAGGGGCUGACCCAGUGCCUUUCACAGUCCCUCUGCGGGACAAUAUGAGCAGACUCCGAGACACGGUCCUUUCUGGUAGUUCGAUGUUUUGUAAUGUGCCAUUAUUGUUAAAAAAGAAAAAGAUAAAGAAAAAGA